AUGCAUGUUCCCUUUCCUGACUUCGAGUACAUCGACGAGGCUCAAAGCCAGUCUCCUGGCCUGGAAACGACCGAGAAUGAGGAAUUUGAACAUGAAGAGACAUCGUAUUUCCAUAAUGAGCCUCGUAUCUUCAUUGAUUCGUUGGACCAUACUUAUAGCGAUAUGAAAUCCAACCAAGAACCGUAUUCCACUUACGCGAAGGCUAUUACAAUCCCACACAAAAAGGUCCAAGAACCGGUAACCUUCACCUCAAGACACACAAUAACCCUUACCUCGAUGGCAACUCUAACUUCGUUUACCACUAUAUUCGAAACAAAGCACCUAGGUCCCGUCGAUCCAUUGCCCAAGGUCACUUCUAAGAUCACUACCCAUAUUACAAUAACAGCUGUCAAAGACCAUUCGACGAGUUCUACUUGGACCAGUCGGCCAACCAUAGACGUCAACCCUUCAUCCCCUCCCAGCGUUGAUGAGAGCACUGAUCCAUCACUUUGGAGUACUGUUACCAUAAGUGACAGGAUACCAUCCAACUCAACUUUGGCUACAUCGUAUACCGCUAGCCAAGAAGAACCAGAUCUACCAACAGGUACAGAAGCUUCUUCUUCGAACGGCUCUUUAACAACAGCUGAGGUAGUGGGUGUCGCUGUCGGUGUGUGCUUCAUACUUGUCGCAAUAUGUUUAUUAACCUAUUUUUGGUUAAGAAGUCGUCGACACCGAAAAGACACCAGUCCCCGUACUUGUGUACCCCGCGGUGUGGAAACUUCACGAUCAAACCCAACUCCAUCAAACUGGCCAUAUGGUCAAGAGCUCAAAACUAUAUUAGUCCCCCAUCGCUCUACUAAGGCAAACAGACUUCUAACUACCGAUGCACGUCAUAUGUCUUUUGAUAUCGAUAAAGACGGUUAUAAUAGGGGUCUUAAAUACUAUAAAGGCAAAGCUUUUAGUUGGAGAAAUCCUGACGGUUACAAUACAGAUCUCGACCAAGAUCCUGAAUCGAAGGGCAAGGAGCGUGCAGAAUAG